CUCUUCUCCGAGCCACCCCUUUGCCUCCGGACUUCUCUGGGGCCAGCAGCGGCCGGACCAGAGGCCCGGGCCGCAGGCUCAGUCGACUACCAUGGGCUCUGUGUCAAACCAGCAGUUCGCAGGUGGCUGCGCCAAGGCGCCGGAGGAGUCGCAGGAGGACGCGGCUGGGGCGGCAGAGGAGCCCCAGCUGCUGCACGGUGCCGGCAUCUGUAAGUGGUUCAACGUGCGCAUGGGGUUCGGCUUCCUGUCCAUGACCGCCCGCGCCGGGGUCGCGCUCGACCCCCCAGUGGAUGUCUUUGUGCACCAGAGUAAGCUGCACAUGGAGGGCUUCCGGAGCCUGAAGGAGGGUGAGGCAGUGGAGUUCACUUUUAAGAAGUCUGCCAAGGGCCUGGAAUCUAUCCGAGUCACUGGCCCUGGUGGGGUCUUCUGUAUUGGGAGUGAGAGGCGGCCCAAAGGGAAGAACUUGCAGAAGCGCAGAUCAAAGGGAGACAGGUGCUACAACUGUGGAGGUUUAGACCAUCAUGCCAAGGAAUGUAAGCUGCCACCCCAGCCUAAGAAGUGCCACUUCUGCCAAAGCAUCAGCCAUAUGGUGGCCUCAUGUCCGCUGAAGGCCCAGCAAGCCCCCGGCUCACAGGGAAAGCCAGCCUACUUUCGGGAGGAAGAAGAAGAGAUCCAUAGCCCUGCCCUGCUCCCGGAGGCCCAGAAUUGAGCCACAGCGUAUGGUGGCUAUGCUUUUGCGAUCAGGAAGUUUCGAGGAGCAGACAUCAAUCGGCAGAGCGGAGAAGGUGGGGACAGGGUGGGUAGACGGCAGCUGGCACUGCCAUGUACCUCAGGCCGGAGUUCACAGCAUCACCCUCUCUUCCCUCUUGGUGGGAGGAAGGGGUGAGGCAAAGGAACUCCAACCAUGCUCUAUCCAAAGGCACACGGGGGCUUGGGGGAGGGGCAGCCCUCCCAGCAUGCUUUAUCUGAGUCUCUAUCCCCAAAAUCUCAAGCUUUUGAAAGUGGCCUGGACAGAGAAGUUGUUUUCCUUUUAAAGAAGGAUAUGUAACAAUAUUUCCCACGGCAGAGUGAAAAGAUUAAGCAUGAGACCAGACUGGACCCAAACCCACAAGCCACUAGAUUCUAUUGGGAGAGAUUCUCUCAGGGGUAAGGCAGGGUUUUUCCACAUCUUUUCUCCUCAUAACCCACUCUUGGGAUAGGGUGCUGAGAGCUAUCCGAAGCAGUGGGUUGUGACGAUAGGCAAAAGAGGUGGUUGGGGGAACAGCUGCAGACCCGCUUCUCCUAAAUUUACUCCCACCCCAUUCUGGGCCAAUACAAUUUUAUUUAUUUGCUCCCUUGGGUAACUGCAUCUUGGGUCCCACUUUCUCCAGGAUGCCAACUGCACUAGCUGUGUGCGAAUGACGUAUCUUGUGCAUUUAACUUUUUUUUUCUUAAUAUAAAUAUUCUGGUUUUGUAUUUUUGUGUAUUUUAAUCUAAGGCCCUCAUUCCUGCACUGUGUUCUCAGGUACAUGAGCAAUCUCAGGGAUAAGUCAGCAGCAGCUCCAGGUCUGCACAGCAGGAAUAGUUUUUGUUGUAUCACCAGGGAGAACAACUAUUUGGAGUGCACAGCCUACUGAACUACCUCAUUUUUGCCAAUUAGAGCUGGCUUUUCUGCCAUAGCGUCCUCUUGAAACCCCUCCACCGUCAACGAUUCGUGGGAGACUAGGUUUUAACUGGGUUGCCCCAUGACUUGAUCUCCUACUGGAAAACUGGAAAUUGGUCUGAAGAAGAAGAGGUGAUGCAGAGAGGUUAGGAGAGGCUGGGCCAGGGGAAAGGCCCAGCGGUGAAGCCAAGGUUAGGUGAGAGCUGUCCAUACAAGUGAUAAAGAAUUCCUGUUCCAGACCUCUAAUCCCAGGGCACAGGACUUGGUUUACAUACCAGAUCCAUCCUUCACUAGAUUGGGCUAGGCCUACCAUGCACAACAGGAUGUAUGUGUUUUUGUAAAAAAUGUGAGUUGGUAAGGAUAGGUUCUAAGAACAAUACCUCUGUACCCAUCUUGAGCCGCCCAGGGAUGGAUAUUCGAAGCAAGGACAAAAUCCUUAACCUUUAACAAUUCUGGGCUUUUCCUCCUUGGCUUCCACAGAGACCACAAGUGAUGGCUUCUUUGUGGUGCUUGGAGCCAGUGUCCUGCCCUGCUGCACCAGUGAUGAGUAUUGUGGUAGCUAAAGGAGAAAACGGGGUUUCGUUUACAUGCUGUGAGAUCACCGCAAACCUACCUCACUGUUGAAACGGGGCAAAUGCAAUAGACCACAUUGGGUGAUGUGUGUCUGAUCUGGGUUCUAGUCUCCCCCAAUUGCUGCCCCCUCUAGUUAUUGUAUUUGUCUGGGCUUUGUAGGUCUUCACGAGUAGCUGAUUUGGUGAUUGCUAGGUGGCCUCGUUUUGUGUAAAUAUAAUGUGUUGGUCUUCUCCGUGUUCAUUUGGGGUUUUAUUGUUUACAAACUUCUUUUUGUAUUGAGAAAAAUAGCCAAAGCAUCUUUGACAAAAGGUUCUGCACCAGGCAAAAGGAUCUGAAAUGUAAGCUUGGGGGACCCUUCUUCUUGUGGGGCGGGGGGCUUGAACCAUCCUUUCUUUUGCGUUUCCCUUCUCCUAUAUCCUAUUUUGGACCAGAUCUUCUGUCCUAAAAACUUGAUUCCUACCCUACCCCUUCCUCUACUCCCCCAUCUCCCUAAAAAAAAAAGCCCACACACCUACACAUUUAAUUUGUGGGGUGUCUCCACAACUCUUAAAUGAUUUGUGCAAAAAUCCUGAAGAAGCUAAGAACCCUCCAUCCCUUGUUCCCAGUCUUCUAAGUCAGGACCAUUCCUUGAUGUGAUUCAUGCCCAACACUUAGAUUGCUGUGUUUGGAUGGAUCAAACCUACUUUAAUCUCUAAUCCUAGGGUAAAGAGAAGCAACGAGGGGACCUUCCAUGUAGAAAGUGGGGUCGGGAGACCAAAGAAGGGAAGGUGAAUGUAUAUCCAAGCCACUCAGGAAACUUUAAUGCAAGUGCAAGAAACUUAUGUCAAAGUGGCCACAAGAUUGUUUAAUAGGAGACGGACGAAUGUAACUCCAUGUUUACUGCUAGAAACCAAAGCUUUGUGUGAAAUCUUGAAUUUAUGGGGAGGGAGGUAGGGUAGGAAAGCAUGUACCUGUCUGUUCUUUCCCUGAUCCCUCGCCCUCAUUCCUGAACUGCAGGAGACGGAGCCCCCUUGGGCUUUGGCAACCCUGUCACUGGGGAGUGUUUAUUUGAUGGUUGAUUUUGCUGUGCCGGGUACUUCUUUGCCAUUUGCUAUCAUUUUGUAACACACAUGCUGACCUUUUUUCCUUCCUUCUGUUUUCUCUGAGAAAAUACAAUGAAUAAAUAAAGACUUAUUCAUACUGAAA